UCACGGAGUUUGUGUUGUUCGUCUUGCUUCUUGCGCUUCACUUCAACUCACCCCCCUCAGAAACAUUCUGCACUCUGCACAAAAAAAAAACACAAUAAUUACAUCAAAAUUAUUGAUGAAAUCAUAAAUCAAAAGUGUUAUACGAAAGUUAAGUCUGCUUAGACAGCUUUGUUUUAAACCAAAAAGCAAAAAAAAAAAACGCAAAAGUAAAUCAAUUUUAUCACAUAGUACAAGUUGUGUUUGUGUGCAGCUAAAGGGCCUUUAGAUUGCAGUGGAUCAAUAAACCCAAGCCAGUAAGCAACUUCCAGAACCACAGCAAAUAAAACAAAACAAAAAAAGUAACAGGAACAAGAGCAAAGACAACACGAAGCAUUGAAGCAGCAGCGUACAAAAGAAUAAAAUAACAUUAAAAGACUGAGCAAAAUCCAAGGAACAAAUACCAGAAGCAAUCUCUCUCUCAUUGUAAAGAAAACAAACAACAAAUUGAUCUCAAUUCGAUAAGCAAUCAAAAACCAAUUCAAUUGCAUCAAUCGCCUCACUCACCACUCACGAAAAGCAUCUAAGGGAAACCAAUCUCGUCGAAGCCGAGCAUCAGCUAUUGUAUAAUGUUUAGCAGUCUCGCAACGUUUCUAUUUGGAGCGCAAGCGACGUCUGAGUCAACUAAUAGCGAAGCGAAUCCUGUGCAGACGACCAACGUUAACGAUUCGGGCAACGAGCAGACAACGGCUGGAGAUGUAAUUGAGGUGACUUCAUCGACCCCAUCGGUAGCGGGCAACAAUCGUGGCACUGUGCGUGCCACCGGUAAGCGAGGCAACGCCAAGAGCAGGCGUGCCAGGCAGCGACAGCAACUGCAGCAGCAGCAGCAGCAGCAGGGCGGACAACGCAAACAGCCGCCGACUAUAACGAAGCUACUAACACCCAACGGCGAGUGCAUCAUCGACGAGGACAUCGACGAGGACGAAUGGUACAUUGUCGAGAAGGAAGACGAGGAGGAGGACUCGUUGCCACGCAGCGACUCCGAGGAGGAGCUCUCCGUUGUCGAUCUGCAGCCAAAGGCUGGAAGUGCCGCCAGCGGCAUUGCCGGAACGGGAGCAUCGCCAGCGGGCGCUUCGCGUCGCCGGCAGCACAUCAAUUCGCAUUCCUUGUACAGCGGACCGCGGCCACAGCAGCAGCGCAACUAUUUGCAACGCACGCGUGCCGCACGCACGCUAAGCAUCUCAACCCUGAGCCCGCCCAGAAGUGUGCCAGCUGGCAAUGGCAAUGACAAUGACGACAACAUCACCGCUGUCAGCCAAUCGCUGUAUGCGCCACCGCCAACGGCAUCGCCCUGCGGCAGCGAUUCGAGCAACAACAGCUUGACGGCUGGCAAUGUUUCUGGCGUGCUGAUGGAGGAGUCAUGGUACGUAACACCGCCACCAUGCUUCACCUCGAUUGGGCCAAUCAAUAUGGAAGCAUCACCCUUUGAGAAUCUAUUGAUUGAGCAUCCAAGCAUGUCGGUAUAUCAUAGUAUUAGGUCUAGCCAGGCGGGCACCGAAAGUUUUGUGAAUCUUGAUCUCGGGGCAGCAACUGUUGAGCUGCCACAGCCAGCGGAGCCAGAGCCAGAGCCAUUGGCCACUCAGGCUGCCUCUGUGCAGCAGCAACGCUCCCACAGCGCUCGCUACGAUCGCCAUGCAGCGGUUGAGCUGAAGCAGCAAACACUGGCUCGCCACAGCCAGAAGAGCAACAGCAAGAAGCAGCAUCAGCAGCUCUGCCGCAGCGCCAUCAAUCGGGCCAACAAGGUGCGCGAUAUUCAGGCCAAGGGACAUCGUCCUCGUCGCUCGGACAUGCAGCACUGCAAGUUGGUUAGCGGUGCCAACAACAACCGCAAGUGCUGCUAGUUUCCUUGUUGUUGUUCUCGUUGUUGUUGUUGUUGUUGCACCUCUCCAUCACUCGCCCCACUCUCCACACAGCAACAGCAGCAUCAAAGCAAACGCUCUCUCCUUUUUGGAGCUUUACAUAUUCAAACAAUCAUGGCAAAUAAAAAAACAAAACAUAAAAACAGCGCGACGGCAACGCGCAUAAUUUUAAUUAGUAUUUUAAAUUGCCAAAAAAAAUGAAAAUAAGAAAAACGACAUAAAAAGUAUAAAAAAACCAACAAAGCCGCAAAAAUAUCAAAAUUUAGCAAUUACAACUUAAAAUAUUUAAACCUAACAAUUAAAACGUAAACAAUUAGUAAUUGUGUAAAAAAGAAAAUCAACAAAAAAAAAAAUUGUGUAUAAAACAAGUAGUUUUUAAUGUUCACAGUUUCAAUUUACAACAACAACAAAAACAAACAAAAAAAUACCAAAAAAUGCAAUACAAAAUUUUCAAAAUGAAUAUGCAAAAAAUCUUACAACAAAAAACUAAAAAAAACGACGAAAAAAUGACAAAAGUUUUCAAAAAAACUUACAAAAAAAUUGAUAUGUAUAAAAUAUAAAAAAAGAAUGAUUAAUAUUAUUUGACUAAAAAAUGUAGUUUUUAAAAAUGCAAAACAAUUUAUUAUAUUUUAUUUAUUUGUAAAACACGAUGACGAUUAAUCGCUUAAUCUAUGAUAAUAAGUUCGAAGUUCGAAGUAAUUUUGAAUUUAGUUGAUGAAUUUCUUGUGUGUUUCUUCCGUUUGAUGAAUAUUUCUGAUGAUACAAUGAUAUGUAUGUAUUUGUGUACCGUAUGCUUAACUUAUGUAUAUUUAAAAUGUAUUACACUGGCACGAGAUAUCUCCCAUAUCUACUAUAUAUUGUAUAUGAUUCUGUAUGCCUGAUUAUGAAGCGAGUGCAAGUAUGUGAAAAAAACAAGUAUGAUAAUGAAAAAAUAAAAAAAAAACAUGAUAUAGUAUAUAUUGCGACAAAAACCCAAUAAAAAUGAUAAUGCUACAACCUUAAUGAAA